CUGGUUUUACCGAGGCACCACUAGGUCGAUUCCUGCAGGCAGUCCAGCUCUACAUCCUGAUCGUCUUCCUCCUCGUAUCACCUUACUACGGACAAAACAAACAAGAACUUCCCGAACCAAUCGAUACGAAACGGGCCUCUUCGUUCCGAGGACUACGACUGUCCAUUAUCGAUCCCGUGUCUGCUCGACUCGAUAGUACCGAAGAGCUAGAGAAACCGCGGAGGCCGAGUCCAUCGCAGCGGCUCUCGUCCUGGCUCACCAACCGACUAGUACCUAAACGCGACCCCCAGCAAGAUCGUCUCUGGGUCAAAGAUCAGCCCGACUUGGAAGCCCCCACGACUCCUGGAGGCAAGAGCGUCGAUGAAGAUCCGAGCCCAAGUCAAGCUCGUUUCCUCGAAAAGCCCCUCACCGCUUCUACUACUUGGCAGGACCCCUAUUCAAACAACUCGAACGUACCUUUCGACUUUAAUGAUAUUCAACCAACUACCAACGCACCUUCUGUUCCGCAACCAAAUCGACGCAGAUCACAGACUGUAAAUACCCAGAUGUCACCCCUAAGGAGAGCCAGUAUGCUCUCGGACUCAAAAGAUUCGGCUAUCUAUGUUGCGAGGUUUUCAGUUGACAAGACGUACGAAUCCGAUUCCGACUCGCCCGUCUACGGAAUCAACGGAAUC